AUGUGGAGCGUCGGCGGCGAGGUGAAGUUCGGGAAAGGCCACGGCCAGGACGCGAAACGCGGCCUCGAGCUCGGGAUCGAGCGCGCGACCGCGGCGAUCGCGCGCGGGACGACGAUCGCGACGACGCCGUGGCAGCCGAAGGCGCCGGAGGACCCGAAAGCGCGAUGGCGGGUGGACGGCGACGGCGCGCGCGUCGACCCGUCGAAUCGCGCGCUGGACGCGCACUUGCGCCUGGAGAGCAUGGUGCCGCGCGUGCGAGCUAGCGGCGGCGGGGGGGGUGGGGGUGGGGGUGGGGGUGGGGGUGAAGAGAGUGACUCGUCGUCUCUGAUGAGCGACUCGUCCGCGACGAGCGACGAGAUUCGAAAGCUGCGACGCGCGGGGAAUAAGAGACGACGCGCGAAGGAGGCGAGCGGCGGCGGCGGCGGCGGCAAGAAGUCGUCCAAGAAGGACAAGUCGUCCAAGAAGGAGAAGAAGGAGAAGAAGGAGAAGAAGAGCAAGAAGAGCAGCAAGAGGAAGAGCGGCAAGCGACGGCGGUCGAGCAGCGGGAGCGACUCGGACUCGGACUCGGACGCGCGCGGCGUGGACUUCGUGAGCGGGAAAAAGAUAAAGAUGAAGCUCGAGGGGAGCAGCAAGCGGGACGACGUCGAGGCGGCGAAGAGAGCGGCGUAUCUGAGGUCCCUGAACGCGCAGAUCUCGUUCCAGGAGCUCACGAAGUGA